AUGGGAACAUUGAACGCGUUAAACGACAAUAGAGAAAAUCGUAAACUUUUGUCAAAAUUACCAGAUUGGAUUGUAACACGGUGGUCCAGAAUCGUUGCAAAACACAAAGACGAUAAGCGUGAAUUUCCUUCAUUUCAAAUGUUUGUAAAUUUUAUAGAAAAAGAAGCAAUCAUAGCAAAUGACCCGGUAACGUCAAUACAGUCCGUCAGAUCAGAAACUACAAAUAGCACUAGUGACAAGUUUAAGACAAAUCGAUUUCAGCAUGGUAAAUAUGAUAAUCAGCGUAGAAAUGUUCUUGCGACAGAAACUUCGCGAGUGCCUGAUAAAAACAAUAACAGUUACAACAAGGAUCUAACAUGUACAUUUUGUAAGAAAACUGGUCAUUUCAUCGAUUCAUGUUAUCAGUUUCUUAAGAAGUCAGUGAAUAAGCGAAAGAACUUUGCGAAAGAAAACGGACUUUGUUUUGGUUGUCUUGGAUACGGACAUACAUCGAAGAAAUGUCAAAAACGUAAAAAGUGUGAAGUAUGUUCAAGGUUUCAUCCAACGUCUUUACAUGGUGACUUUCACAAACCGAUCAUUUCCGUCAACAAGGAUAAACCGUUAGAAACUAGCACCGGAGCCGUAUUCAUGAACAAUACAAAAGCAAGUUGCAAAAGUUCUAUGAUUGUGCCUGUUUAUGUGUCGCAUUCAGACGAUCCAGAUUAUGAAAGACUUGUUUAUGCUUUACUAGACACACAGUCCGACACUACUUUUGUUUUAGAUGAAACACGCCGUGCGUUAGGACUCCGUGGAACAGAUGUUAAACUCUCACUAUCUACAAUGCAUGCAGAAAAUCAUAUAGUUGACAGUCGUAAAAUAAAGGGUCUAGUGGUAAGGGGAUUUGACAGUGAAGUUAAAAUACCGCUUCCGAACGUAUUUACUAGUGUUGUCAACGGUUAA